CCAGCAACCAGCGAGCGGCUGUGGAAAGACUAUAAUUAUAAAACUAAAGUGAAAAGCGUGCCAUAAUUACAAGACAAAUAUCAAUAAGUGAGAGAGCGAAAUGUGCGAAAAUUGUUAAGCCAAAAGGAAGAGCAGAAGCAGAGGAGAAGCAGUCAGCAUUCGCAACCAGCCAUCCUCGUACUCGUACUCGUACUCCAGCUCCCCCUCCAUCCGGAAUCAGCAUCCAGGAAUCAUCACAUAAAUUGCAUUUCCAAUAUGAUUGAUGCGGCCUGCAAUUACCUGAAUCCCUAUGCCCUGCCCCACCAGCAGCAGCAGCAGCAGCAGCAACAGCAACCGCAGCAACAUCCCCACCAGCUACAGCAUCCACAUCCCCAUCCGCAUCUACAUCAGCAGCAGCAACAACAACAGCAGCAGCAACUCCACUUGCAACAGCAGCAGCAGGAGCACCAGCAGCUCCUCUUGCAACAGCAACAACAGCAACAGAUGCAACAUACCCAGCAACAGCAACAGCAACAGCAGCAGCAAUCGUCGCAUGAUUUCAUUAGCGUCAGCGCCUCCAGUGGCACCACCCCCAACUCCCACUCCAGCAGCUCCAGCUCCAGCAUCAGCGGCUGCAGCACCAGCAGCUCCCCGCUGUACGGCAUUGGGCUGGGCAUCGGCCUCGGUCUGGGCAUCGGCAUCGGGAAACCCGGAAUGAAGAUGGAAAUGCAAUAUCCGCCACAGGCCUCCUCCACGGGCACGGCAUCGCCCAACUCCAGCAUCCAGUCGGCACCCUCCUCGGCGAGCGUGUCGCCCAGCAUCUUCCCCUCGCCGGCCCAAUCCUUUGCCAGCAUUUCGGCCAGUCCCACAGCCACGGGGGAGAGCAGAAUCGCCGUUCCAUCAUCAUCAUCGUCAUCGUCAGCAGCAGCAGCAGCAGCAGCUGCAGUGGCCGCCUCCACAGCAGCCACAUCCUCCUCGUCCUCCGCAUCCUCCCACUCACCCUCAUCCUCGGCAGCAGCAGCGGCGGCGGCGGCAGCAGCAGCUGCAGCGGCAGCCGCGGAUCUGGGCGCAGCGGCGGUGGCCAGCGCCGCCUACGGAUGGAACACGGCAGCAGCCGCCUACUCCGGCCUGCCCGCAAGAAGCCAAUUCCCGUACGCACAGUACGCAUCGGACUACUACGGGAAUGCGGUGGGCAUGUCCUCGUCGGCCGCCUGGUUCUCGCACCAGGAGCGGCUGUACCAGCCGUGGUCCUCGCAGAGCUAUCCGAGCUUCAACUUCGACGACAUCGCCUUCCAGACGCAGCUGCAGCGCCGCUCGGUGCGAUGCACCUGCCCCAAUUGCACCAACGAGAUGAGCGGCCUGCCGCCCAUUGUGGGCCCGGACGAGCGCGGCCGCAAGCAGCACAUCUGCCACAUACCCGGCUGCGAGCGGCUCUACGGCAAGGCCUCCCACCUGAAGACCCACCUGCGGUGGCACACGGGCGAGCGGCCGUUCCUCUGCCUCACCUGCGGCAAGCGCUUCUCCCGCUCCGACGAGCUGCAGCGGCACGGACGCACCCACACCAACUACCGCCCGUAUGCCUGCCCCAUCUGCUCCAAGAAGUUCUCGCGCAGCGACCACCUCAGCAAGCACAAGAAGACCCACUUCAAGGACAAGAAGAGCAAGAAGGCCCUGGCCGCCGAGGCCAAGGAGCAGGCGGCAGCCGCUGUUGGCUCCGGCACCGGCACCGGCUCCAUCAAGCAGGAGAAGGCGGAGAAACUGCAAAAGAAGCCAAAGGCCCACUCGCCACCUGUGGAGUUCAAGCAGGAGCAGCCGGAGAGCGCCCUGCUCCACAGCUAUGCCCCCUAUGCCAAUCUCUACCAGCAGUCAUCCUCCGCCUCAGCCUCGCUCGCCGGCCCACCGCCGCCGCCGCCACUCUUCCAGCAGCAGGCGCCACUCCAGCAUCAGCAGCAACAGCAGCAGCAGCAGCAGCAGUCUCAGAUCGGGCUGGGCAGCAGCUACGAGCCGUGGAGCAGUGCCGCCAAUAAUCGUGCCAUACAACUACCGACUACCUCAGCGACCGCCACCUCAGUGCCCGUUACGGCCAGCUCCCCGUCCUCCUCCGCCGCCUCCGCCAGAUCCCCGUCUGCAACGGCAUCAGCAUCCGCAUCCGCAUCCGCAUCUGUAUCCGCCUCCGCCUCCGCCUCGGCUUCGGCAUCGGCAUCGGCGGCUGUGGCCGCCUUGGCCUCGCAGCAGCAACACUAUGCCGCCCUGGCCAUGCAGAGCGAAUCCCAGCUGGCGGCAGAGUAUGGACUGACCAUGUCCGGCCUAGCCAGCGGCGCCAGCCAGGACUCCAGCUCGAGCUGUGCCGCCGCCAAUGCUGUGUCGAGCCACUCCUCCAGCGGCGGUGGCGGUGGCGGUGGCGGCGGCUACUCCAGCCUCAUUGGCCACAUGAAGUCGGAGUAUGCGGCCAGCUAUCCCACGGAGUUUGCCACCGGCUCCACCGGCUAUGGCUAUCCGCAUUCGCAUCCGCAUCAUCCGCACGCGCAUCCGCAUCAUCAUCACAAUGCCUGGGCAGCGGCCUAUCAUCCGCAUGCCACUGCCUAGGGCGGCUCCACAAUCCACAGUCCUCCUAAUAAUCAUCCCCAUGCCCAUCCCCAUGCCCAUGCCCAUGCCCAUCCUCGUUGUUGUUGACGGUUGAAACCGAUGCCAUGCCCCUAAUCCCCGAUACCACCCACCCCACAUUCUCUCUCUUUAAUUCUCUCCAAGUGAGUAGCUGGGUAUCUGGUGUGGACGACUCUACACAGAUAUUCGAAGCAUUCUUUGAGCAGAAGCAAACCGUAGAACGAGAUCCAUCUAGUGUUUUUUUUUUCUAUAUAUAAAUGUGUUUAUUGUUGAUAAAUCUACAGAAAAAAGAGCAGAUGCCGAUGCA